AUGUCUAACGUUUUCUUCGACAUCACCAAGAACGGCGCUCCUCUCGGCACCAUCAAGUUCAAGCUCUUUGACGAUGUGGUGCCCAAGACGGCCGCCAACUUCCGUGCCCUCUGCACGGGCGAGAAGGGCUUCGGCUACGCUGGCUCGCACUUCCACCGUGUGAUCCCUGACUUUAUGCUCCAGGGUGGUGACUUCACCGCCGGCAACGGUACCGGUGGCAAGUCGAUCUACGGUGCCAAGUUCGCCGACGAGAACUUCCAGCUGAAGCACUCCAAGCCCGGUCUGCUUUCGAUGGCUAACGCCGGUCCCAACACGAACGGCUCGCAGUUCUUCAUCACGACCGUUGUCACCAGCUGGCUCGACGGCAAGCACGUUGUGUUCGGUGAGGUCGUUGACGGCAUGGACGUCGUCAAGGCCAUCGAGGCUGAGGGCACGGGCAGCGGCAAGACCCGCAGCCGUAUCGAGAUCGCCAAGUCGGGUGUCUGCUAA